AUGGACCCCUCACAGUUGCAGACCACUGCCAAAUACCCCCUUUCAGUUGUGACUGGAAAACUGUGUCCACCUCUUGGAGACCCUCCAACACUAGCAGGUGAUAAGAAUGGAGGUGAGCCUGAUGAUGCUGAACUGGUAAGGCUCAGUAAGAGGCUGGUGGAGAAUGAGGUGCUCAAGGCUGUCCAGCAGUAUCUGGAAGAAACACAGAACAAAAACAAGCCAGGGGAUGGGAGCUCUGUGAAAACUGAAGAGGCUGAUAAGAAUGGCACUGACAGUGGCAAUAACAGGAAAUGA